GCCGAGCGGCGGGGGCAGCGGGCGGGCGCGGCGACCAGGGCCUGGGCGGGGAUCCGGGUAGCGACCGAGGCGGCGGCAGCGCCCCGGGCCCGCCGCCCCCUCCACUCAGGCGGGGGGAGUCGCUGCAUGGGGCCAGGGGGUCGGCCGUGCUGCGCUAAGCGGUGGCGGCGGCGGACCCCCCCAGGCGGGCUGGGGCUGAGCCCGGGGCCGGGGCGGGGGCUCCGGGGGGACCAUGCCCGGAGGCCGGCCGGGCGCAGCAUGGCUCACGGGGCCGGCGCGCUGAUGCUCAAGUGCGUGGUAGUCGGCGACGGGGCGGUGGGCAAGACGUGCCUACUCAUGAACUAUGCCAACGACGCCUUCCCGGAGGAGUACGUGCCCACCGUCUUCGACCACUACGCAGUCAGCGUCACCGUAGGGUGCAAGCAGUACCUCCUGGGACUCUGUGACACAGCCGGACAGGAAGGCUGUGAUCGGCUGAGGCCUUUAUCUUAUCCAAUGACUGAUGUCUUCCUUAUAUGCUUCUCUGUGGUAAAUCCAGCCUCAUUUCAAAAUGUGAAAGAGGAGUGGGUACCAGAACUUAAGGAAUACACACCAAAUGUACCCUUUUUAUUAAUAGGAACUCAGAUUGAUCUCCGAGAUGACCCCAAAACUUUAGCAAGACUGAAUGAUAUGAAGGAAAAACCUAUAUGUGUGGAACAAGGACAGAAACUAGCAAAAGAGAUAGGUGCGUGCUGCUAUGUAGAAUGUUCAGCUUUAACCCAGAAGGGAUUGAAGACUGAUUUUGAUGAGGCUAUCAUAGCCAUUUUAACUCCAAAGAAACACACAGUAAAAAAAAGAAUAGGACCAAGAUGUAUAAACUGUUGUUUAAUUACGUGAGAAAUGUCUUCAGUGGCCAAGUAAACUGUCCAUUUCUCUCAGAAAGCAUAUGAAAUGCUAAAGCUAUACCCAGACCUCUUAAAAAUAAUGAAGCAGUUUAAUACUUGAAAGGAAAAAAAAAAAACCCUGUCCUCAGAAUUCUAUAAAGUUGAUUAAGAAUGUUUCUUAAAGGUCCAAGAAGCAACAAACAGCAUCUGAAGCCACAAUCUAUUAUAAAUACUUUAUUUCAACUAGAAGGUGCAAUCUCUCAGGGGUUUCAUAGUUUAAAAAGCUACAAUCACAUCAUGUUGUAACUAUAUAAAAAACAGUGCUGUUAAGUGGAACUGCCUGGCUUAGACCAUGUACAUGUCUGCACAAUCUUUAUGGAAUCUGCACAAAGAAAUAUCUUCUCCCUUUGCUCCAAUUAAUUGUUCUUGUAUGUAAGUUUCUUUCUAUUCCAGUAUAUCCAGAGUGGUGAAGUAACAAGGCCAGCCACAUAGCCAAAGGUUGCUCCAAGCGUGCAGGAGAUGGGCCAUUCCUGAGGAGACAAUGUAUGAGAUCAAAAAGAACAAAUGUUUUAUUAUUACUGGAGCACAAGUGUAACCUAAAUAUUUCUAUAUUAAAGCUUAAUGUGCUUUCUUAAAGAAUGCCAAAAGUGUAA